AUGUCUUCCCCCUUGGCCAAGGAUUCAAAGGAUUUUGACUACGCUGCUCCAGCGCUCGAAUCUCAGUCAAUCAUCGAGGCCCCUCCCCCGAAACGACCUCCCAUCGAAUUUUCCUCUCCAGCCGCUUUUGUCAAGAGUCUCGAUGCUCGUAUUAAGAGUAUUUUCACGAGAAGAUUCCUCUUUUCUCUGUUUGCUGGCCAGAUUGUAUCUUUGUGCAUCACUUGCACGAAUGUAUCUACGACGGAACUGAUGCUCAGAAACUGGGCUCUUCCGACCACCCAGAACGUUUUCUUCUAUUUCGCCCUUUUCGCCACAUACACACCCUACACAAUAUUCCGAUAUGGCUUCAAGGGAUGGCUUGAGAUGGUCAUGCGUGACGGGUGGAAAUACAUUAUCUUAGCCGCAUGUGAUGUUGAGGGAAAUUUCAUGGUGGUGAAAGCUUAUGAAUACACGGAUUUGCUAUCUUGCAUGCUACUUGACGCAUGGGCCAUUCCAGUCUGUCUUUUCUUCUCGUGGCUCUAUUUUCGAACAAAAUAUCAUUGGACACAGCUUCUGGGCGUCUUCAUUUGCGUCUUAGGUCUCGGACUUCUUGUAUGCUCCGACGAGCUGACAAAGAAAGACUACGAAGCACUUUCAAGGGGCAAGGGUGAUGCUCUAAUGGUCGCUGGAGCGACUUUGUACGGUUUCACUAAUGCUACAGAGGAAUUCUUCGUCCGUAAAAGACCCCUAUAUGAGGUUGUCGGUCAACUGGGAAUGUUCGGAUUCAUCAUCUGCGUCUCUCAAGCUGCUGGACUGGAGCACAAUGACAUGCACACAGCUACAUGGAGCGGAGCCAAUGUCGGCCUCCUUCUGGCAUACACAUCCGCCAUGUUCAUUUUGUACACCGUCGCGCCAAUUCUAUAUCGUAUGGCGUCUUCAGGCUACUACAAUCUGAGCUUGCUUUCGAGUGACUUUUACGGCCUGAUAUUUGGAUUGGGACUUUAUCACUACCAACCGUACUGGUUAUACUUUGUCGCGUAUGUUAUCGUUGUCAUCGGAUUGAUCACGUACUUCUGGUAUUCCGCUCCCGAAGACCAAGCUGAACUUGCUCCGGAAGCACCAGCGUAUAUACAGGAACGACGGGAGGAUUUGCGGGGCCCCCAGAAGAUCGCAGGGAACCUUUAG